AAGCGAAGGAUGCUAGCCCUCAGCCGCAAGGGGAUGGGCCCCCCUACUAUCGCCCGGGUAUUCCGUGCUGAAGGUGUGCGUGCAAGUCGACGAGGAAUUCAGAAGUUUCUUACCCGCUACGAGAGGACAGAGAGUCUCGCUAGGCAGCCGGGGAGUGGAAGAAGGACUAUAAUAACGCAAGACAUACAGGACAUCGUGGAGGGGCAGAUGAGAUCCGACGACGAGACUACUGCCACGCAGCUUCACCAGUUGCUGAUCAGCCGCGGCCGUGACAUAUCCCUUCGUACGGUGUUACGGUGCAGGACGGCACUGGGGUGGACCUUCCGUGGAAGCGCCUAUUGUCAACUGAUACGUACCGCCAACAAGGCAGCACGAUUGCAGUGGGCUCGAGACUAUUUGAGCGAAGCAGAACACGGUUUCGAGGACGUAAUCUGGACGGACGAAUGUAGCGUCCAGAUGGAAAGUCAUCGAAGAUUUUGCUGCAGAAAACGGGGAGAGCCCCCGAAAAACAAGCCACGCCCAAAGCAUCCCACAAAAGUUCACGUAUGGGCAGGUAUAAGUGUCAGAGGAGCUACACGGAUCUGCAUCUUCGAUGGAAUCAUGGACGCGGUCCUGUACAUCGAAAUUUUGCAGCAAAACCUCUUGCCGUUCAUUCAGACCGUGUAUCCGAUAUCACAUCGGUUCAUGCAAGACAAUGAUCCGAAACGUACCUCGAGAAAAGCUCGGGAAUUCUAUGCUCAGAACUCAAUCAACUGGUGGAAGACUCCAGCCGAGUCACCCAACUGUAAUCCCAUCGAGAACUUGUGGCACGAACUAAAAGAGUACAUCAGACGAGAAGCUAAGCCGAAGACAAAAGAAGAGUUAAUCAGUGGAAUACAGGGGUUUUGGGCCACUGUCAAUGCUGAGAAGUGCACCAAGUACAUUCGGCACCUGAGGAAAGUAAUGCCUAGGGUUAUUGCACUUGGAGGGGAUGCAACAGGAUACUAAUAACAAUAAUGUCUAUCCAAUGUGUAACUUGUGCAUAAUUGUCUCAUAUUUCAUUAUCAAAAGUCUGGAGCUUCCUGAUGAUGCUCUGCAGCUGCUAACUUUUCAGCUGUCAGUUCUCAGUCAUUUUUCAAAGAAGGGCUUUUUCUCUUGCCAAUGAGCUCCAGUGUAAGAAGAGCAGUGAGGAUCUCCCUGGAGGGGGUGGAACCAGCCAAAGAAUGCAGUCACAAUCUUGUCCUGUGGGAAGAUGAAGGUACACUGUCUGUUGUGAGGAAGGAGCUGGUAACAAGCUGGGAGACAUAGGGGACAACUGCCACUGAAAGCAGGGAGCCAUACUUUCACUGCAAAGUUGGUGUCUCAAGGCACACAGGAGGAAAUGGAGAAGGCUUUAGAGGAAUACAUCGCACAGGUCUUACAACCUACAACACCAGAAACAUGGGUUGAAAACUAUCCCAGUACACUGGAAGUAGCACAGCAUGCAAACACUGCAGAGGAUCUGACUACAAACACUGCAAUGCCGACACCAACAAAGAAGACAAAGAGGGGCCCAAAAAGAAACACACCCGCUACAAAGCAAGUGGCGAAAAGAGGAAGGAUCAUUAGUUCCAGUGCUGCCUCAACAACCCAAGCCCCCCUACAGUCUGCAGUAGAGCCAAAAGACUCCAUGGCUGCCCUCGAACCUUCAGAUCUUGUGGAAUACCUGACUUCUCCAGCCACUAUAGAAGAGGUGGAGACGGAGGAAAGUGCUGCACUAGCAGGUAUAAUUGGAG